UGACAUAAAGCCCGGACCAGCGCUCGCGCUCAGACCCGGAGAGGCGCAGAGAGGCGCGUGCGCUGCACCGCCAUGACUUCCGCUCAGGACGUAGUGCUCGCGCCGGUCGCUCUGCCCCGGGAGCUCGCGCAGAACCCUCUGCAUAAGACCUGGAUGCCGCGCAGGAGCGGAGUGUCGGGAGCGCGCAUUUCUCACAGGAGAGUAUGCAUGACUAACUGUCCCACCCUCAUAGUGACUGUGGGGUUGCCAGCUAGAGGAAAAACCUACAUCUCUAAAAAACUCACUCGAUACCUCAACUGGAUCGGUGUUUCAACUAAAGAGUUUAAUGUUGGACAGUACCGGAGAGAGUGUAUGAAGGUCUACAGGAACUUUGAGUUUUUUCGUCCUGAUAAUGAGGAGGGACUGAAAAUCAGAAAACAGUGUGCCCUGGCGGCGCUGAACGAUGUGAGACAGUUCCUCAGUGUGGACGGAGGACACGUAGCUGUGUUUGAUGCCACGAACACCACAAGAGAGAGGAGGAAAAUGAUCUUGAGAUUCGCUGAACAAAAUGGUUACAAGGUGUUUUUCGUUGAGUCCGUGUGUGAUGAUCCAGCGGUUAUUGCUCAGAAUAUUGUGCAGGUGAAGUUAAACAGUCCUGAUUAUAUUGACUGUAACACUGAGGAGGCGGUGCAGGACUUUAUGAAGAGGAUUAAAUGCUAUGAAAACCUGUACGAGCCGCUGGACGAGACACUGGACCGAGACCUGUCCUACAUUAAGGUGAUGGAUGUGGGGAUGCGGUAUUCAGUAAACCGUGUGAUGGACCACAUUCAGAGCCGCAUCGUGUAUUACCUGAUGAAUAUUCACAUCACUCCUCGCUCCAUCUACCUCUGUCGCCACGGCGAGAGCGAGCUCAACCUCUGGGGGCGUAUCGGGGGCGAUUCAGGCCUGUCCACCCGUGGCAAGCAGUUCGCAGGGUGUUUGGGGAAAUUCAUUCAGGAACAGGACAUAAAGGAUCUGAAAGUGUGGACGAGUCAAAUGAAGAGAACCAUCCAGACUGCAGAGGCACUCGGGGUUCCGUACGAACAGUGGAAAGCUCUCAAUGAGAUAGAUGCAGGCGUGUGUGAGGAGAUGACGUAUGAGGAGAUUCAGGAACAUUAUCCUCUGGAAUUUGCACUGCGAGAUCAGGACAAGUUUCGAUAUCGCUACCCUAAAGGAGAGUCAUAUGAGGAUCUGGUGCAGCGUCUGGAACCCGUGAUUAUGGAGCUGGAGAGGCAGGAGAACGUUCUAGUGAUCUGUCAUCAGGCCGUCAUGCGCUGCCUCCUCGCCUACUUCCUGGACAAGAGUGCAGAUGAGCUGCCGUACCUGAAAUGUCCCUUACACACCGCACUGAAACUCACACCUGUGGCUUAUGGGUGUAAAGUGGAGUCUGUGUGUCUGAAUGUGGAGGCAGUGAACACACACCGAGACAAACCUGAGAAUGUGGCGGUGUCUCGCUUGGCUGAGGAGGCGCUGCUCACUGUCCCUGCACACCAGUGAACGAACAAACACACACACACACACACACUCUCUCCUGGUUACUCCUUAAUAAUCAUCCGUCAUUACUCUCCUUAACACUGUGAAGAUUUUUUUACUUUGUUAUUUUUUUUUGUUAACAGUUAAACCGAAUGAUGACUGGAAUCCAGUCCUGUAGUUAACACUCCGUGUGUGUGUGUGUGUGUGUGUGUGUGUGUGUGUGUACAGUGAGAUGUGUACACACAUGCUGCAUGUACACCCCAGUAAGCUUGUGCAGCUGAAACACAUUUUCCUCAGUUUUCUACAUUUUCCUGAACUUUACACUUUUAUAAGCAUUAAUGCUGCACUUUUUUGCCGUUGAGGGAAAAAAAUCCUAAAAACUCCGCAGUGCCAAACAAACCUGUAUUUAAAGCCUUGUGUGAGUUUCUAUACUGAUUUAACUACAUUUAUAACGAAACUGUUUUUUUUUUUUCAUUGUUUAAGUAAACAAUUCGAGAUUAGAUCAGAUGAUAAUUUUUUUGAUUACAUGAUAACAGUUUUCAUAAUCAGGUGAGAUUUAAUUAGAUUUAAUUUUAGACAUAAAGUGAUUUUCUCUGCAUGACGAAGAUAAGAAUCAUGUGUUUAUGAUUCGUGUAUUUUUUUAUAUUUGACAGAUUACAACAGUGUGCUAUAACUAGUAAUAAGUGUGUGUGUGUGUGAGACAUUAUUUUUACACGUUGAUUUUGAUGUUUUUGCACAUUUUGUUUCUGAGCCUCCGACUGGUGGAGUUUAAACAGUCUAUCAUUUUACUGAAAGAGAAAAGUGUGUGUGUGUGUGAAAAACAUUCCAUAAAGACACAAACUGUGAGGAGAUCAAUAAAGAGAAAGACACCCUCACUGCAGUGUACAGGUUUAUUCCUUCAGCUGUUUAUUGAACUUUUCCACAAAGGCCGUAUUCUUCAUCAACCAUCAUCAUUAUCAUCAUCCUCACUGAUCUUUGUCGUUACUGAUGUCCUUUUUCGUACGCACAAGCCUCACGUCAUUAAAACUUGUCCAUGUAGAGAGUAAACAUGUUUACCUGGACUUUAUUUUUAUUUUCUGUUUUUAUCUCUUACAUUCAUGAAAAAAAAAUAAAACAAUUAUUAAAAUUUAA